AUUUAGCAGCUCAUUGGGUUCAUCCAGUGGCUCAAGCUCAUUGAAAUCUGGGUACAAAUCAUUGCUGAGUUCAAACCUAGGUUCAGGUUCUGGAUAUCAGUCAAUGAUGAGCUCAAGCUCAAUGGGCCCAAGUUCACUGAAUGAAUCAUCUAUGGGUUCAAGCUCAAUGAGUUCUGGCUACAGAUCCUUAUCCAGUUCAAGUUCAAUGAGCCCUAGGUCAGUUAGAAGAUCAAGUAAGGAACCAACCACAGGCUCAAGCUCAUUUAGGUCUGCUUACAAGUCUAUACUGAGCUCAAGCCCCAUGGGAAGCUCCUCGGCGACCUCCAGUUCAAUGAGCUCUAGCCCAAUGAGCUCAAGGCGUUAUACUUCAAUGAGCUCAACUUCGUCAGGUUCAACUCGUCAUAAGCCUCAAUAGUGGGCCAACUUCAAGCAGUGGAGAUAUAAUUUGGGCCUUCAAAAGACGCAAGAUGCCACCUUCUCCCAGCCCAAUUAGGAGGUAGCACAAUCAAUGAUGAGCAGCUAUAAAUAUGAUGCAAGAUGACUGGGCUCUUCUUGAUGUGAAGG